UUAUACAUUAUUUUUACUGGCAAAAAAUUUUAUUUUAUAGGUCAACAGUUUCCGGAUGGGUCAGAUGAGGAGACCGUUUCAGGUUUAUUUAAAAAAAAGAAAGUAGGAAAAAUAGUGACAUCAACUCCAGCUGAUGGUUUUGCUCCUAAUUUCUAUGAUCCUACAGAAGGUAUUAGAUUUUUUUCUAACCUUUUCUUUGUAUAUUUAGAGAUUUACAUAAAACAAAAAGUUGAUCGAUUCUUACCUGGUGUUAGUGUAUCUCUCGGAGGAGAACGGUUUGAUAUACAAUGUUUAAUUGGCAAAGGCGCCUUUGCUAAAGUUUAUAAAUGUGUUUCUGAAGAUCAAGAAGUUUAUGCGAUAAAGUUCGAAAUACCUGCUUGUCGAUGGGAAGUUUAUAUAUGUGAGAUCCUGCGAAUACGAUUAAGACCGAAAUUACUACCUGCAGUUAUGACUAUUCGCGAUGCUUAUAUUUUCGCCAAUUCCAGUGCUAUAGUUUAUGAAUACCAUCCACAUGGAAAUUUGCUAGUUAGAAUUUUUUAUUUUUCUAGUAAGAAUAUUUUUAAGAAUUUUCUUAUUUUUCCAGCUAGAAUUCUUGAAGCAGUCCAUGCUGCUCGUAUAAUCCAUUCAGAUAUUAAACCUGAUAAUUUUAUGAUUAUUAGAAGUAUCGAGGAUAUAUUAAGAGAGGAUAAUAUUAUUCUGAAACUGAUCGACUGGGGACGUGGUAUUGAUAUGGAUCUAUUGAACAAUAAAAUAUUUCAAGGAAAAGCAGGAACCACUGACUUCGACUGUUUUGAAAUGAAAGAAGGCCGUCCUUGGACUUAUCAAACAGAUUUCUAUUGUUUUGCAGGGACUUUACAUGUCCUAAUUUUUGGCCAGUACAUGAAAUGUACUAAAGGUCCAACAGGCCGUUACAUGAUUAUCAAAGAUUUGAAAAGACGGUGGAAUCAUCGUGCAGUUCUGCAGGAUAUUUUCGACAUCUGCCUUAAUAUCCCAGAUUGCGAGUCUUUUCCAAAGUGGUCAGUUUUAAUUGAAGGAUUGACUGAGAUCAUAAGGCAGCAGUGGAAGGAAGUUGUUCGUGAUUUUAAUAUGUGUAUUGCUUAA